GCUAACACAUAAUUUUAUUUUGUGAAUCCCAGAAGUUGUUUCAUUGCUAUUUCAAGUGCAGAAAGAAUGAGUUGUAGUGACACUGAUUCCGAGGACUACACCACAAGUGAUUCCGAGGACUACACCACAAGUGAUUCCGAGGACUACACCACAAGUGAUUCCGAGGACUACACCACAAGUGAUUCCGAGGACUACACCACAAGUGAUUCCGAGGACAACACCACAAGUGAUUCCGAGAGCUGUUUCACGUUUGGCGAGGGUAUUCAAUACGCAUUGGAGCAAAUUGCAUUUCCAGAAAAUGCGCGACGUACUUAUUGCCAUGAUGCUCAGGUCAUAGAGAAUGCAUUUAUAACCGCUAUUGCGGACUACGAUCCAUUGUUCCGGAAAGCAUUUGGAGGCCUCAGCUUGGGCGGCAGCUGCUUGGAUGGCAUUCGGAUCCAUUUGCCGGACGAGUUCGACAUGCAUGUCAAGAUCCGUUUGCCCAUUGACCUUCAGCCCGUUCUCGUGCCCGAUCAACCCGGCUACAUCUUUUUGCGGGCCUCUCGUUGCAAGCAUCCGUGUGUGGCGCAGUAUCGAGGGGAAGGCUACUUCAUUAAUCGCCAGGCAGUUCAAAAAUGGAUUCGCCAGAGCAUUGAGGCAAUUAUGCCGAGAUUACAGGCUAUACGCUGCACACGUCGGCGCGUCUAUAGCAUGGAAUACCAGGCAAAAGGCAGCGUCGUGGCCCACACACUGCUGGCCACCGAACGGCGUAAUCCUUCGCGGCAGAUCAGUUUUGAUUUUGUGCCUGUUUUCGAGUUCGAGGCAACCGAAUGGCCCCGAGGCUUGCAGAAGCCGCGCAACGGUGGACGUAGCUGGUUUGCCGUGCCACGCAAAUAUGCCAAUAAGCCCGAAGACUCCAGAUCCUUCAUAUUCUGUGCCCCACACUGGGAGCGCCUCGAGCUGCACGACAGACAGAAUCUGAAGGACUCGUUGCGCUUGAUGAAGGCUCUGCGAAAUGCCAACCAGAUGCCCGGUCUGUACAGCUACCUGCUGAAGAGUAUCUAUUUGGAUGAACUGCGGAAGAACUCAACGCAGUGGGACCAGGCGCCAGGCCAAAUUCUAAUACACAUGCUGGGCAAGCUGCGACAAGGGCUGGCUAAAAAGCAUGUGCCCUUCUUCCUCGUCCCCGAUCACAACAAUCUGGACAAACUGGAGCCAGAGAUGAUAACUGAUUAUUAUCGCAGCAUAAGUCGCACUCUGAACACGCUGAAUCAACGUCUCAAUGCCAACUAUUUAACUAACGAGGAUCUGCACGACAUCUUCGGCAUCGAAGUCGAAGAGGACUGAAGACUGCAAUUUUGAUUCUGUUACGUUUUUGCACUUUAUUAAGUUUUCUCUUCUUUUCUGGUUGUUUCAUUAUUUGCUUUGCACAGGUUAGCGUAAAAGGUUUUCAGUUAGACUAAAAGCAAAAAAGAUAUGUACGAAGUUAUUCAACUGUCUCACAAUAUGGCAGCAUUCCAAGGUUCUAAUUGUAUUUCCACGUAGCAUACAAAUGCAUGAAUCUAUAUAUAUAUAUGUAUGUGUGUAUGUGUGUGUGUGGGCGUGUUUCUUUAUGAUUAAGAACAUACAAACUAGCAAGCAGCUUGCAGCAGGUACGUUGAGGCCUUGUUAAUAAACCGUUUAAGACUAUCAUCUAGUUAUAUAUAUAUAUAUAUAUAUAUGUGUGUGUGUGUAGGUGUGUCUAAGUUGCGCCAGUUGCUUCCUUCUUCAUAUUAUGAUUAUUAUGAUUAUGUUGCUGGUGCGUGGGCACGGG